AUGGAUCGCAAUGGCCUGCACAAAUUCCUCCUCGAAUCCAAUCCGAAGCAUCGGCGAACGGCCAAGCAGUCGGCGCACCAAACAGCUGGAGGGCGCAUCUGGGCGUACUGCUCAAGCAGGGAUAUGCUGUAUGACACCGGCGGCAUCAUCAUCGCCACGGGGGCUCUUCUUGUCUAUGGCGUCCUGCAGGAGCGCAUCGUCACAUUUGGGUUUGGUCGCGACAAGGAGGUCUUUGAGCACUCCAUCUUCCUGGUGCUGUGCAACCGCCUGGUCACCUGCAUCAUGGCGCUGGGCUACCUGCUGCUCACCCGCACCGCCACUGCGCCCGCGGCGCCCCUGCGCAGCUACGCGGCGGUGUCGCUGACCAACGUCAUCGCCACGGCAUGUCAGUACGAGGCACUGAGAUACGUGUCCUUUGCCAUCCAGACGCUGGCCAAGUCCGCCAAGGCCCUCCCCGUUAUGCUGUGGAGCACCUUGUACAUGCGCAAGAUCUUCAAAGUGACGGAGUACCUGCACGCCGCCACCAUCACCAUCGGCUGCUCCGUGUUCGUGCUGACGGGUCAUGUGCGCAGCCGGGUGGCGGAUGCGGGGGGGGCGCUGCAGGCUAUGAGCGGGGUGGGGCUGGGCAUGAGUGGCGACGCGGCGCUGGUGGUGGUGGGCGGCGGGUUGAUGGUGCUGUAUCUGUUUGUGGACGGUCUGACGUCCACCUGGCAGGACUCCAUGUUCCGGGGGUACCCCGUUAAUGUGUGCGACCAGCUGCUGCCCGCCCUGGCCUUCCUGCAGCGCAACCCGGAGGCGGCCCUGUGGAUCCUCGGGCUGUCGGCGGCCUCGGCGGUGGUGCAGCUGGUCAUAUCCUGGACCAUCAAGCGGUACGGCGCGGUGGUGUUCGCCACCAUCAUGACCACCCGGCAGUUCUUCUCCAUCUUGCUGUCAUGCAUGGUCUUCAUGACGCCACUCACCAUUGGCCAGUGGGCGGGUACGCUGCUUGUGUUCGGUGCCAUCUACUACAAGGCGGCUCAGAAGUGUGCGGAGCAUCAGCACCUCCACGUCACCACCAAGGAGGAGGACGACCCACCGAGCCCCCCGGGGGGUGAUGGUCCGGAGACGACGCCGCUCAAGAUCCCGCUGCUUGCGGAGGGUAUUGCGGCACGGUACAACCCGGACGAGCGACGGCAUGCGAGCGAGCAGCAGGUCUGAGAUCUGACCUCAGGGGUCAGACCUGGAGUCCGACCCCUAUUCGGCUGCUAGUGCUGCAGCCGGCGCUGGGCCAGCACCCUGCAGCUGGCAUUAGCGUUAGCGAUAACAGAUGCUGGAGGAGGAGGAGGAGCAGCAGCGCUAGAAGCUUGUGUCUGGAUUAGCCCCCCAGGUUGCCUGAGGGGUGGUAAUGGGCUUCAACGUCCCCCUUUCUCAACGUCCUCUGGAUCGGAUGAUGUGAUGAUACGGAGCCAAACCUGAUUUGAUUGACCAGCUCAGACCAGCUCAGAUCUGGCUCGCUCAGGUCAGGAAUGUGGCUCGUGUGGCCUCUGAGCAUCCCGUCGUUCCGUCUGGGUCACAAAGGCACGAGAACAGUUGAUGACGGGACAUUUCUAUGUGGGUCACAUGUGGGGCUGCCUGUAGCAGGCUGUAGCAACAUCUGAUGGCAAAGUGUUUUUUCAGUACGGCAGUCGUGUUUCAUGUCGUACGACUACACGACCGCCAGAUUGCAUCGCCGCUAUGCUGCUUUGUGUGCUGUUGGCUCCACACGGCCCGGGUCGGUUGAGUGACUCUUAUCUUUGCCAAGGUCUAUCACGUCGCUCCGGGGGCCCUUAUGGUGGGGCGGGUGUCGGCUAGGGUUUGAGGUUGCGUGCAUGUGGGAUGCAGGAGAUGGGCCUGGGCAAGGUUCAGGUGGGGGGAGGACACUGCAUAAGUUGGGGCUUAUGGCCGGGCUCAACACACAUUUCUAAGGCGUUUUGUUAAGUGAAACUAUAAAACAAGAGGCGCCUAACAAACGAAAGCUGAGGGUGACCAUAUAUCUUCGGCUUGCACAUGAUGGGUCAGUCGUCUAAGUGUGCGUGUAGGGGCGCGGGGGAGAGGCAUUGCGUGCGGUAUGGCGUGGCGUUGGAGGGCCAGGGUGGCGUUCGCGGCGCGCGAUG